GUGGGAUAAGUGGUUGAAGAACUUUGAGACGCAUACUAUAGCGAUUCCGUCCGCUUCGAUCGAGGAGUUUGGCUAUGAACCUGGGCUUCCUGAUAGCCAACACUCCGAACGAUUUGGGAUUGCCAUGUUCCAUCAACUUCACUGCUUGGCAACAAUACGAGAGUUUGCAUAUUUGCCAGACGCGAUGCGCAUGCCCAACGGCAAGCCUUUGGAUCACGAUGGGGUGACAUUUUCACCAUUCCACAUGGAUCACUGCUUUAAUUACUUGAGGCAAGCGAUCGAGUGCUUCGCUGAUCCGACGGUUGAGUGGGCGAAGAUUAACGAACACGGAGAACGGCGAGGAAUCCAAGGUUGGGGCAUUCCUCAUUAUGAAUGUCGCGAUCACGAUUCGCUGGAAGAAUUCGCUUUGGAGCAUCAUACUGUCCAUUAAACAGAUUGAUCUCUACUGCCAUGCGAUAUAUACCUUAAUUUUAUUGCCAUCGCUCCUGGCUGAUUAAAUCUUACUCUCUAGCAGAUUAUCAAAUUUGGCAACCAAAAC